AAGGGGGAAUUUGUCAUCUGUGGUUCAAACCCUAGUCUUUGCGAGCUCUUUCACUCUGACUAUAUACCGAAGUUUCAUUUCUGCAUGAAAUUGCAUUUCGCGGGGCACCCACUUGGUGAUCUCACCAUUUCUGUCUCUUUCACACUCACCGGCCUUUACAGGUCCCCAUCUGAGUCUCUACGAUGGAAGAUUCCUCACACCAAUCAUCGGUGUUUCAGAAGAUAUGUGGCCAUUCUUACCUCACUUCUAGACUUUCCCCUAACCUUCACUCCACACGGUUGACCGGUGUAUUUGCUAAUGGGGUUUUGGAGAAUCCCUUGAAGACAGCUUAUCAUGGGACUGGCUUGGCUGGAGUUUCACCCACUUCUCCUUUUCUUGUACAAGCUCCUUCUGAGAAAGGUGCAGCUGGAUUUGCUGUGGAUUUUCUUAUGGGAGGAGUAUCUGCUGCUGUUUCUAAAACAGCUGCUGCUCCAAUUGAGCGUGUCAAAUUGCUGAUCCAAAAUCAGGACGAGAUGCUCAAAACUGGUAGGCUAUCUGAGCCAUACAAAGGAAUCACCGACUGCUUUGCCCGAACAAUUAAAGAUGAAGGAGUCAUAGCUCUAUGGAGGGGAAACACUGCAAAUGUUAUCAGAUACUUCCCCACACAAGCUUUGAAUUUUGCCUUCAAGGAUUACUUCAAGAGGCUGUUCAACUUCAAGAAAGACAGAGAUGGUUACUGGAAAUGGUUUGCUGGGAAUUUGGCCUCUGGUGGUGCUGCUGGUGCUUCAUCUCUUUUAUUUGUUUAUUCCCUCGAUUAUGCUAGAACUCGUCUGGCCAAUGAUGCCAAGGCUGCAAAAAAGGGUGGUGAGAGGCAGUUUAAUGGUCUUGUUGACGUCUACAAGAAAACCCUUAAAUCUGAUGGCAUUGCUGGGCUGUAUCGUGGAUUUAACAUCUCUUGUGUUGGAAUUAUUGUGUACCGUGGUCUUUACUUUGGAAUGUAUGAUUCAAUGAAGCCCGUGGUUUUGGUUGGCGAUUUGCAGGAUAGUUUCCUUGCUAGUUUCUUGCUUGGUUGGUGUAUCACGAUAGGAGCUGGUUUGGCUUCUUACCCAAUCGAUACUGUCCGCAGAAGAAUGAUGAUGACCUCAGGCGAAGCAGUCAAAUAUAAUAGCUCAUUGGAUGCAUUCAAACAGAUCGUUAAGAAUGAGGGAACCAAAUCUCUCUUCAAGGGUGCUGGGGCAAACAUUCUGCGUGCUGUUGCCGGUGCUGGUGUGUUGGCUGGGUAUGACAAACUUCAGCUCCUCGUUCUUGGCAAGAAAUAUGGUUCCGGUGGUGGUGGUUAAAAGAGCUUCUAAGACGUGCAAGGGAUGAGUGAAGAUUGCGAAGUUUCUCAUAAGUUAUCUCUGAGUGUUUGUUGUUUGUGCUUGAGCUUUAAGAUGUAAUUCUUGGUCAUUAGAGAAUUCUUAACAUAGUGAUUGCCUUUUGCUAACUUCUGCCGUUUGAAGAAAUGUUUGUAUUUUGCUGUACAUAUCGUAAGGACACACGGGCAACUCUGUUCUUAGCAGAAUGUAGGUCUCGGAUACUGCUUUUUGUGUAACUUCUUUUAUAAUAUCAUUCAAGUUUGCUUUCAAUGAGGUGCCAAA